CUCGGGUCACAACCUGUAUGCGUGCAUUUGGCUGAGGAGAUUGGAGCCUUAUAAACCUGUAUAUCAGCUCAGUGCAUUGUGUGGCUUUCAAGGCCAGUGACAGACCCCGUGAGGUGGCAUACUUUGGAGAGAAAAUGGAAAAUUUUCGCUGGCUUUUCGGCAGGGCCUGGCGGCUUCGGGGGGACGCGAGGCUUUCCCGAGGAACGCUAAAAUGGCGGCAGGGCGACCGGGAGGGCUUGCCGUGCCCGGGGCACAGCAGGCACCCCUCCUGCACCCCGCUCCUUGUGAACAUCGUCGGAGAUACGCCUUUCGAGCCCUCCUUCCCCAUGAUCCACACGCCCUUCCGGCGUUGCAUUUCAGCUUAGCUCCUUUAUUUUGAGGCAAAAACUGAAAAUAACCCACAUUUCCUCAGAGCUUCCCGUUCCCUGCCCAUACCACCGCCAGCCGCCCCCCCGCCGCGGAUCGGGACGGGACGGGAGAGGACGGGACGGGACGAGAAGGAGGGAGAGAAAGAGGAAGGCGGCCCUUGCAGCGGCUUCCUCCCGCCCUCCCUUCCUCCGGCCGCCGCCAGGAGCCAGCUAUGGCCCCGCUGCUGGGCGGGCUCCGCGGCUCAGCGGGGCCGGGGGAGCGGUGAGGGGCAGGGGGCCGCUGCUGGGACAGGGAGCAGCCGCCUCCGGGAACGGCGCCUCCUCCUCCCCUCGGUGUUAACCCCUCCCCGGGUUAACCCAGGGGGUUAUCCAUGGGGACGGCGUCGUCGCUGGUGAGCCCGGCGGGCGGGGUCGGGGAGGUGAUCGAGGACACGUACGGCGGCGGCGAGGCCUGCGAGAUCCCGGUGGAGGUGAAGCCCAAGGCCCGCCUGCUGCGCGGCUCCCUGCGGCGCGUCGGGGCCUCGCGGCCCGGCGGCCUGAUCGGGGCCAGCUUCAAGUCGACCGCCUCGGUGCAGGAGCUGGAGUGCGUGGCCGAGUACGAGCGCCUGAAGAAGGAGUACGAGAUCUUCCGCGUCAGCAAGAACAACGAGGUGGCCUCCAUGGUGAAGAAGGAGGCCAAGCUGGACAGGGAGAACAAGCGGCUGCGUGCCGAGCUGCAGGCACUUCAGAAAACUUACCAGAAAAUACUCAGAGAGAAAGAAUGCGCGUUAGAAGCUAAAUACCAAGCCAUGGAGAGAGCUGCAACGUUUGAACAUGAUCGAGACAAGGUCAAAAGGCAGUUUAAGAUUUUCAGAGAAACUAAAGAAAAUGAGAUUCAGGACUUACUGAGGGCCAAACGAGAGCUAGAAGCAAAACUUCAGAGACUUCAGGCCCAGGGAAUCCAAGUGUUUGAUCCUGAAGAGUCUGAUUCUGAUGACAAUUGUACAGAUGUUACAGCUGCUGGGGCACAAUCUGAAUAUUGGACUGGAGGAGCCCUGGGAAGUGAGCCAUCCAUGGGUAGUAUGAUGCAGCUUCAGCAGUCUUUCAGAGGGCCUGAAUUUGCUCAUAGCUCCAUAGAUGUUGAGGGACCAUUUGCAAAUAUAAACAGAGAUGACUGGGAUGCUGCUGUCGCCAGUUUAUUGCAGGUUACUCCUCUGUUUUCUCACUCUCUGUGGAGUAACACAGUAAGAUGUUUUAUUAUUAAUACUGAUGAGACUCAACGAGAAGUGGAGAUCUUCAUUAAAAACUACUCACCAAAACUUCAAAGAAUCUGUGAGACAAUGGGCUACUUCUUUCAAGUUGUUCAUUUUCCAGCAGAAAAUGAAAAUCAUUUUAAGGAUGUAAGAAAAUGGGAAAUUGAAAAAAGUUCAUUAGUCAUUUUGCUCCUACAUCUAACUUUGCCAAGUUGUUUGUUGGAGGACUGUGAAGAAGCCUUCUUGAAAAAUCCCGAAGAAAAACCCCGUCUGAUUUACCACAGAAUGGAUGAUGAUGGAGUCAGCUCAGGCUCAGUGCAGCAGUUAAUUAAGCAAAUUUCUUGUGUGAACAAAGCAAAGAUGAUUGAUCAUGUGGGAGCUGUGGAGGAAGGAACACACAAAAUCUAUACUUGUGUAGAAAAGAUUAUUAAACAGGAUAUAUUGGGCUGUGAAAUGACAGAACCAGAAGGCAAAGAUUUGGGUAAUAAGGAGGAGUCCACUGCUCCUGAAGAAGAAGUUUUUGGUGAUGUCUUGUGGGAUGCACAUGAUGAACAAGAACAGAUGGAAGCUUUUCAGCAGGCCUCUAAUUCAACAUGUGAGCUGGGAUUUGAGAAAUACUUUGAACGUCUAAAUGACCUAGUAGCAGCACCAGCUCCAAUUCCACCUCUGCUUGUAUCAGGAGGACCAGGUUCUGGGAAAUCUCUCCUUCUGUCAAAAUGGAUUCAGCUGCAACAGAAACAUUCACCAAACACUCUAAUUCUUUACCACUUUGUUGGGAGGCCCAUGUCUACCAGUUCAGAAUCUGCAUUGAUAAUUAAACGCCUUACUUUAAAGCUUAUGCAACAUUCCUGGUUAGUGUCACCUCUGACCUUGGAUCCAGCUAAACUUCUGGAAGAAUUUCCCCGUUGGCUGGAGAAACUUUCUGCACGCCAUCAGGGCAGCAUAAUUAUAAUUAUUGAUUCUAUUGACCAAAUACAGCAAGCUGAAAAGCAUAUGAAAUGGCUGAUAGAUCCCCUGCCAGUGAACGUGAGAGUGAUUGUAUCAGUGAACGUAGAAACAUGUCCACAAGCUUGGAGGUUGUGGCCCACUCUUCAUCUUGAUCCACUGAAUUCCAAAGAUGUUAAAUCUCUCAUUAGUGCAGAAUGUAACUCUGCAAAUGUUAAAUUGACUAAAGAGCAGGAGAAGAAGCUUGAGAGACAUUGUCGUUCUGCCACAACUUGCAAUGCAUUGUAUGUCACUCUUUUGGGCAAAACCAUUGCUUGUGUUGGAAGUACAGGAAAUAUUGAUGAAACCCUUCAACAGUGUUUCCAAUGCCAAGACACAGUGUCCCUGUACAGGCUUGUUCUGAGAUCAAUUCAAGAAUCAUUGCGGAGUGAUAAGGAGAAAGGCCUUUUGAGAGAGAUACUGUGUGUCAUUGGUGUAAGCCACAAUGGUGUAAGUGAAUCAGAGCUGAUGGAACUUUAUCCUGAACUGUCUUCUGCCGUGUUAGCCUUGCUUGUUCACAGCCUGCACAAAAUGUGUUUGCUGACAUAUGGCUGUGGUUUGCUAAAGUUCCAGCAUCUCCAGGCUUGGGAGAUGGUGCGAUUAGAGUACAUGGAAGAAGGUGAAAAUGUUAUUUCUGCCUAUAGACAAAAACUAGUGGACUAUUUCACCAUGCAGCUAAGUCGAGACAGAGUGACUUGGAGAAGUGCAGAUGAACUUCCCUGGCUCUUCCAACAGCAGGGUGACAAGCAAAAGCUACACAACUGUCUUUUGAAUCUCUUUGUGUCCCAGAACCUUUACAAAAGGGGACAUUUUGCAGAAUUGCUGAGUUACUGGCAGCUGGUUGGGAAAGAUAAGAGCUCUAUGGCAGCUGAGUAUUUUGACUCUCUGAAAGAAUAUGAAAAAAGCUGUGAGGGAGAGGAAAGUAUGAUCUGCCUGGCUGAUCUUUAUGAGACUCUGGGACGGUUUCUUAAGGACCUAGGUCUUCUCAGUCAGGCUGUAGCUCCUUUGCAGCGGUCUCUAGAGAUUCGAGAGACUGCACUGGAUCCAGACCACCCAAGGGUGGCACAGUCACUUCACCAGCUAGCAGGAGUUUAUGUUCAGUGGAAGAAGUUUGGGAACGCUGAACAGUUGUAUAAGCAGGCACUGGAAAUCUCAGAAAAUGCUUAUGGAGCUGAACAUCCUCGGGUAGCCCGUGAACUUGAUGCACUUGCCACCUUGUACCAAAAGCAGAACAAAUAUGAACAAGCUGAGCAGUUGAGGAAAAAGUCCUUCAAAAUACGCCAGAAAGCAGCAAGGCGGAAAGGCAGUCUGUGUGGCUUUGCUCUCCUGCGUCAAAGAGCCCUGCAAUUGGAAGAGCUCACAUUAGGCAAGGAUACACCAGAUAAUGCUCGAACCCUUAAUGAACUUGGAGUCCUCUAUUACCUGCAGAAUAAUCUUGAGACAGCAGAGCUUUUUCUGAAGCGCUCCUUGGAAAUGAGAGAAAGAGUCCUGGGACCUGACCACCCAGACUGCGCACAGUCUUUGAACAAUCUGGCAGCCUUGUACAAUGAGAAGAAGCACUAUGACAAGGCAGAGGAACUCUACGAAAAAGCUUUAGACAUCAGGAGGAGAGCGCUGGCUCCAGAUCAUCCCUCCUUGGCUUAUACGGUGAAACACCUGGCAGUGCUGUACAAAAAGAUGGGAAAACUCGACAAAGCUGUUCCUCUGUAUGAACUAGCUGUUGAAAUUCGACAGAAAUCAUUUGGCCCCAAGCACCCUAGUGUAGCGACUGCUUUGGUGAAUCUGGCUGUUCUUUAUUGUCAGAUGAAAAAGCAGACUGAAGCUUUACCCCUUUAUGAACGCGCGCUAAAGAUUUAUGAAGACAGCUUUGGCCACAUGCAUCCUCGUGUAGGGGAAACUCUGAAAAACUUGGCUGUGCUAAGCUAUGAAGGGGGAGAUUUUGAGAAGGCAGCUGAACUUUACAAGAGAGCUAUGGAAAUAAAAGAAGCAGAGACUUUGUUGAUAGGUGGAAAAGCAACUUCUCGACACUCAUCAAGUGGAGAUACGUUCAGUAUAAAAAGUGCAUUAUCACCAAACACCUUCCUGGAACCUGGACAAAGGUGAUAUAAACCUACUCAAAGAAAAGGCAGCUUCUGUUGCUACUUUUUUAAACAAAAUUAUUAGGAAAACCUAUUUUUCCUGUGAUAAAGUACUAUUUUGGGACUUAAGACUGUCUUCAUGAAUGACAGGGAAACAAUUUAAGCUUGAAAUCCUUCCACGUUAACUUUGCAGACUGUAUGGUAUGACGUCAGUUUCUUCCAUUGUAUACAAAUAUGCAUAUAAGGUACUUGCUCAACUUAUAGUUAAUACAAAGAACAUAGAUUUGAUACCUCUUAUCCUAAGAACCAGGACUGCAACAAGAUAAAUUAAACCAAUGGUAUGUACUUGAUAGGAUAGUUCUUACUUCUAUGUUGUAAUAACCUGGCUUAGUGCAUUUGUGUUUUUUAUUUCAUCAACCUUUUUCAGAAGCUUUUAGAGUUGUUUUUAAAGUUCUAAUAACUUUGAAAAAGUCAAAAUACUGUUUUACCCCAAGUUUUACCUGCAGUGUAAUUUCGGCUUUAAGUAAAUUUACAUUCAAAAGACUUUUGCAAAAAUAAUUGGUUUCCCUUGGAAGCAAAUAUAUCUAAAUAUAUCAUUAUAUACAGGUAAAGCUGCUGUCAAAUCCAUCUGUGUUCAGUGAAAAUGCUUCCUCUGAGGAAACAGCAUGAAAAGGAGUAUGAUCUGAUGCCUUGUUGUUAACCCCUUUGUAAUACUUUCACUACUCAAUCUCACUGAAUCCCUUCAAAUACAAGAAUGCUUGUAUUAGCAGGAAAAACCUAGUGACAGGUUGCCAUCAAAUAAAAAGAUGCUAAUCAAAUGUACCUGCUGUAUUUUUUUUUUUAAUAGCCUAAUCAUCUAGAAGCAAUUUGAAGUCUGUUCUUAUUUGGUAUGAAUCAACUUAAAUAUUCCGAGAUGUGAUAAUACACUUCUCUAAAGCCAGUAUUAUGAAUUUGCAGAUGUCUGAGCUAGCCUGACAGCUCUGUUCUGAUUUUUAACAUGUAUAAUAAAAUCUUGCUCUGUUUUCCUUAUCAGUUCUAGUUUAAAUAAACUGAUUUCUAGACCUUCCCCGCUUUCAGACUUUCCCCACUUACUGAUUUCCAAUUCUGUAUUAUUACCAUUCUUCCCUUCAAGUGACUUUUCUCCAUUUUUUUUCAUCAGUCAUAGAUCUACUUUUGGAAGAAAAAUGAGUCUGUAAAAGUAGCAGAUCCUGAUCAUCCACGGUCAGUUUAGCAAAAAACAGUGAGGAAACAAUCUGCUUUCCCAAUCAGCCCAAAGAAAAUUUUAAUAGUAAGUACAACAGGACUGCAAUUAAUAAUGGAG